UUAAAUUACCCGGGAAAAACUACCGCUUCAACUCAAACUAAACAGCUCCGUCUGUCAAAUACUCUUAUUCCCUCAACAUGCCUGCUACUUCAAAAAUACACGUAUCGCAGGGCUGGGAGACGGCGAAACAGACCCAGACGUCGGUGGAGGAGGACAAGAAGAAGAACGUUGGUGUUUUCUGUGAUGAACGCGGGUAUUUGGAUCAGAUUGAAUACAUCAUGCAGAACGGCCGAACCAAGGGGGACAGAACCGGGACUGGAGUAGUGUCUGUGUUCGGGGCUCAGGCUAGAUACAGCUUGCGAGACCAGUUUCCCCUGCUGACGACCAAGAGAGUGUUUUGGAAAGGGAUCCUUGAAGAAUUGCUGUGGUUCAUUAAGGGAUCAACAAAUGCCAAGGAGCUGUCAGCGAAAGGGGUGAAGAUUUGGGAAGCCAACGGUUCCCGGGCCUUCCUGGACAAGCUCGGGUUCACUGAGAGAGAGGAGGGCGACCUGGGACCUGUGUACGGGUUCCAGUGGAGGCACUUUGGUGCCGAGUACACAAACAUGCACACAGAUUACACAGGACAGGGUGUUGACCAGCUGCAGAAUAUCAUUGACACCAUCAACACCAAUCCAGAGGACAGACGCAUCAUGAUGUGCGCAUGGAACCCAAAAGACCUGACCCAGAUGGCUCUGCCCCCCUGCCACGCCCUGUGUCAGUUCUACGUGUGUGAUGGUGAGCUGUCCUGUCAGCUGUACCAGCGCUCGGGUGAUAUGGGCCUCGGGGUGCCUUUCAAUAUCGCCAGCUACGCACUUCUGACCUACAUGAUCGCACACAUCACUGGACUCAAGCCUGGUGACUUUGUUCACACGCUGGGCGACGCUCACAUCUACAUCAACCACAUCGAACCCCUAAAAGUACAGCUUCAGAGGGAGAUCCGUCCCCUCCCCAAGCUGAAGAUCCUGAGGAAAGUUGAGAGCAUCGAUGAUUUCCGUGCAGAGGACUUUGAGAUCUGCGACUACAACCCUCAUCCCACCAUUAAGAUGCAGAUGGCUGUGUAAAAAUAACCGUUUAUUAUGUGUGGAACGCGCCUAGAAGAUCUAUAUUCAUAUUGCUUUUUAUGUGUCAUUUGUUGCAAAAUUAAUUUCUUUCAAAUAAAAUGUUUAUUAUUUUAUUUAGUAAAGUAUCAAGUUCUUGUAAAUUGUGCCAUUUUCCCUUUAUAAAUUGUAAAUUAAAUGUCA